AUGUCGCCUGAUAGGUUCAUUCCAAAGCGAGACUUUGUGGAGCUAACAUCAACAACCUUUCGUGUGGCCAAGCAUCCGCAGCGUCUUUCGCCUCAAGAGAGAGUACUUCGACGACUUCCGCCUGGAGAUGAUCCAUUUCUACCCCCAAUCCUACGUAGGGCUUAUGCUACCAACAGACCCCAGCAGCCAACUCGACUCCAGCAGAUCCCACGUCAACGGCCUCGUCUAGUCACUGAAGGUAACCUCACAGGCAACAACGCUGCACAUGAAUCUUUGAGACAGGUCAGCUCUGGUGCAGUCUGGAACGUGGGUGGUUCUUCUGCAGUCCGCGAUAGUUCCCUCAUUGCGGCUUCCGAUGAUACGCCGAGCACUUCGAGCAAUGGAUCAUCAAUUGCCCCGGUUUUCGUGGCUCGGUUUUUACCCAAAAAACCAAAAUACAGUGAACAAGAAAUCCAUGAGUUGAGGCUUGCGCUUGCUUUAGGAAUUGAUCCGACCACUAGACAGCUAGGUACUAGCUAUCUGCGGUAUCUAGAUGCUCCCCUCAAUCCAACAUCUCCAGACUUUGAGCGCCUCUCCCCAUUUGAAUGGAAGGACAGUGCUUGGAAGAAAGUUGAAAAGGAACGUUUCUUCUCCGGGGCAUCAGUUGACUCGGAUUGUUUCCCAGGGCCCACACCUCCUGUCAGAAAAGACGUUGUUCCACCGAAGCCUUUUCGAAUUCUUGAUGCUCCCUUCCUUCGGGACGAUUUUUACUGCAGCACUCUUGCAUACUCAACAACAUCUGGGAUACUAGCUGUGGGCCUGGGUCAUCAAGUAUAUCUCUGGUCGGAAGGCCAUGGAGUGGACUAUCCCCCCUUUCCAGAUCUGCACCCUUCAAAUUAUGUGACCUCCCUGUCGUUUUCUUCCGAGGAUGGCGAGCGAAGCAUUCUUGCAGUGGCACGGCGGUCUGGCCAAUUGUCUCUAUGGAGCACAUUGGAGAAGCAAACCCGGUUUGAGAUCAGCCAUCCCAGUACCCUUACAUGCGUGGCAUUCAAGCCGAGAACUUCACGGCGCCUUUCAGAACGGUUCAUGUAUGUGUUAGUCGACGUGGAAGAGAUCGUUGUCGGCGAUGACUUUGGAAAUAUCUGGUACUACUCGGUCGAGUGGUCUGACAAAGAAAACCAAGCUAGGUGUAAAUGGAACGGGUCCAUGACGCUUCUUGCCAAGAUCUCUGCACACACGCAACAAAUCUGUGGACUGGCAUGGUCACCCGAUGACAAGUACCUUGCCACGGGUGGUAAUGACAACACCUGUCUUCUCUUUGAACUGGCCGAGAUUGUUCCACCACAGAAUUUUAAUAAUGCGGUUUCUCUCAUUACUCCCCCGGAUUCCCCUAGCAGUUUCAGUCUCGGUAUAUUUCCAUACCUUGCUCUCGGUACCGCAAGAAGACGAGUGUUUCUUAAACGACCUGCGCUCCCAUCAUGGCUUGCGACUCCGAUCAAGACUCCAAUUAGGGCCCCGACUGCCGCUGCGCUUUUAAACCACGCAGGUACUCUGCUUUCCGGCGGUGGCCGAACGAUUCUGGUCCCAUACGGCCGUCAGAAGCAUCGUCUGGUGCACUCCGCUGCGGUCAAAGCGAUUGCAUUUGCACCAUGGCAGUCAUCUCUGCUCGCUACAGGGGGAGGUACCAAUGACAGAGCUAUACACUUCUAUCACACCCGGAGCGGAGCCUGUCUCGCAACCAUCAAUGUCUUUGCGCAGGUGACCAGUCUUAUAUGGAGCGAAACUCGACGCGAGAUCGCCGCUACUUUCGGCUAUGCACAGCCAGAUCACCCGUUUCGAAUCGCCGUCUUUGCCUGGCCCAGCUGCGCACAGGUGGCCGUUAUUCCGUGGGGGCCAUAUGGAACCUCCUGGGAUGGCCCUGACACGCGAAUCAGCAACUUUGACUGCGGAAGAGCACUGUGGGCAGUACGAUAUCCAGGGAAAGUCCCUCAUUUCUCGGGCGUCCGCUCUAGUAGACCGGACAGUCAAUCAUCUUCACCUUCAUCCUCGUCAAGCCAGACUCGGUCUGCAGAGCGAGGAUCCUCCACCCGUGGGCGCGAGGUCAGCAACCGCAAAGUGGGUGCUCGGAUGGUCGCUCCCAAGGAGAAAGAAGGUGGAAUGUGGUGCGCCCGAACAAAGGAGGAGGGAUGCAUUAUUGUCGCGUCUAGUGAUCAAACUGUGAAGUUCCAUGAGGUCUGGACUGGAAGAAGGACAAGUAAUACCUCUGCCUGUGGACUUUUCGGCGGAAGCGACAUUCUUGAGGGCCUCGAAGGCAUUGAGAAGUCUGGCUGUGAAGUCAUUCGUUAG